UGCCGAAAAAAAAUAAAAUAACAAAUGUCUCCCACAUAAACCACAGGAUUAUACGAGAAAUCACAAAAUACACAAACCGCUCGCAACACGUAAUAAAAAAUUAGCAAAAGUGAUUAUCUCAAACACAAACAAAGUAGCCGCGAAAUUCGCAGAGAGGAAGCAGCCGCAGGAUUUUUUAUUUUUAGCACAAAACUGGUUCACAAAAUUCUCACACCCACAAGUGACUCACUAAUUACCUGUUUUCUCUUCUUCUUCGGCGAAUAUUGGGGAAGAUUUGACUCUGAAUGAUGAUUAAGUUCCCUAGGAAAGAUGACUGGCCCCAAGACAGGCGAGGGUGAGACAACGCUGGUGCCUCUUCAUCGCAAUACUCAAUAUACGGAGGCCUGCAUGAGGAUCCUGAACGAGCAGUGGCCACGCAGUAAUGCAUUGAGGAUGAGAAGCCUCACUUCCUCCAGUGAUAAAUAUCCAACUUCGCUAGUUUUGCUGCGAAAGAGCUCAGGUGAUGCCAUGGAAGUGAUUGGCCAUUCAAGAAUCAACACACUUCCACAAGGCCAAAGAGACGUGUGGAUAGAGUCUGUAAUAAUUCGCCAAGAUCUGCGUGGAAAAGGGUUCGGGCGCACUCUCAUGACAGCCACUGAGGACUAUGCCCGUGCUUGUGGCUUUGAGAUGGCUUACUUGUCAACACAUGAUCAGCAGGUCUUCUACGGAAAGCUUGGGUAUGAGUUUUGCCCCCCAGUUUGUAUAUAUGGUGGUUGUAUCAAUCGCAAUCUUCUUCCAAAGCAGUUUCUAACAUCGGUAACUCCUCAAAACAUUAAGAAGGACUAUAGCACAUUACCAGAUAAAGGAACCGAUAGCGUCUCGGAAUUGUGCAACGGGAUAUCUCAAUGCUCGCUUAAUAAUAGACUUACCAAUAAUUCAACCCAGUCUGUAGGUACUACUGGUGAUGCCUCAGAGAAGACAGAUUUCCAAAGAGGACAUCAGACGAGUAGAUACAGGGACUCUGGCCAAAAUGUAUAUGAAGAAGCCAUUAUUAAAGGAAAACUGAUAUGUAUAAUC